GUGCUUCUGCAGUAAAGCUAUCAGUAAUUUAAUCACAGGAAGCAAAGAUGUAAAUUUUGAUGAUCCUUGGUCAAAACGUAGAAUUAGGUGGGGUAUAGCUAUGAUUCAUCUGGCAUGUAUUCAUUCAACUUUUUGUAUACAAUGUAUAUUACCAAAACAAUUUCCAGCUAUAUAUUUUACAUUUAUCAACUGAGAUUUUCAUUUAACCAUGACCCUAUAUUCUACAGAUCAUAUCACAUCUUCAUGGAUGUUUGUGGUGUGGUAUCGGAGGAAUCAUUACAAGAAAAUCUUCUCCUGAUUCUAGAGGUUCUGAAUGUAUUUUUGGCCUUUGGUUAUGUCCAGUUGUCCACUACAGAUAAAUUACAGCCUCAUAUCCAGUCCACACCGGUACUGACCAGCAUAAACAGACAGCCAACACAGGAUAUUGCAUCACGGGUGUUUGGUAUAGAAACAAAGACCACCCCUAUCCCAGCCACAGACAGACCUGUCAUAGCUUCCUCUGUCCAGAAGGAUAAGAGAAAGAAUGAACUCUAUGUGGAUGUCAUAGAAAAGAUCACAAGUGUUAUAAAUGCUGAUGGGAGUGUUUCACGUCUUGAGGUCAGUGGUGCUAUGAAGGUCAAAAACUUUCUCUUUGGCAGUCCACAGGUCAAGGUCAUUUUAAACAACAACAUCAUAGUUCAGCGGAAUUCCAGAAUAAAAGCUUAUGGAGACAAUGUCCAGUUGGAUAACUGUGUGUUCCAUGAAUCUGCCAAAGUGGACAAUGUGGACACACCCAGUAUACUGACUAUCUGUCCUCAGAUAGGAGAGUUUACAUUGAUGUCCUACUCUGUCAGUGGAGAAAGCAGCAUUACCUCCCCUUUUCAUUUUGUCUCCUCAGUCCAGCCACUAGAACACAGCAGGGAUGUGAUGGUUUGUCUGAGGAUAAAAAACAUGUUUCCUGUCACCUCUGUCAACCUUAGAUUAAAGUUUGGGGUCCCUCAGUCGGUGUCCAACAUUUCUCAGCACCUAGACAGCAGUGAGCAAACAGCCACACUGGAAAAGACAGACAGUACCAUUCUAUGGAAGCUAAAAUCACUGGCUCCUCACACUGAAUCUGUCGCUCAGUUUCGGUUGAUAAGUCAAAGCGGUGCACUAAACAGGGAAGACGUUGGACCUCUUAGAAUGGAGUUUGAAAUUUCUGGCCAUCUUCUCUCAGGGAUGAAGAUAAAAACUGUGAAAAUUGUAAAUCAAGAGCAGACAACUCCCCAGAAGUGGUUGAGAUACAUAACUGUCAGUGAUUCAUUUCUUGUCAAACUUGUGUAGCAAUGUAAACGAAGAG